CUGGCAAAGAGGAAAAAUGGCUAAGUCUUCAGGUUCUGGUGCACACCAGCAGAUGAGCCUGGACCUUCUUCCAUCAGCACUAUUGGCCACUGUGAUGACGAAGCUGGACAUAGCUUCCAUUCGUUCCCUGGCAUGCACUUGCAAGGCCUUCCAUUCAUGUGCCUCACACAUGCUUUGCUUCAUUCCUAGUUUUCAUCUCCUCGAUAUUGCUCCGCCUGCUGAAUAUAUAAGGCCGUUGCUACCUCCCAAUCCUUACCUUCGUAGCUUGAAGGUAGAUUGCAUGCGACUUGAUGAUUCAUCCCUUGAUUGUCUUCUUCAGCCGACUUUACAAGAGCUUUGCCUUCAUAACUGCGCUGAUUUCAGUGGAAGGCUUCUGUCUCAGGUCGGCCAGUACUGUAAAGACCUCAGGUUUCUUUAUUUGAGCUCUUUGGCGGAGAAGAGAGGCAGAUCAAUUGAUGUAUCUGAUCUAGAGGUCUUAUUUGGCGGAUGCACUCAGCUGGAAACACUGAUCCUGAUGUUUGAUGUCUCAAUGUUUUUGCGGCACAAUUUUGCCCGUGUUUGGUCUAUUGCCCCUACAACACUGGUAUCUCUUGAAAUGGGCUACAUUUCUUCGGUAAUGGUGACAGAAUUGCUUAGCCCGCCUGUGGCACCAUAUCAGUCAAUUGAGCAUAUUCGGCCAUCCAUAUUACCAGGAAUACAGAAGUUGUGUCUUUCAGUGGAUUAUAUUACUGACACCAUGAUCAGCACAAUAACUAAUAAUAUCAACUGUUUGACACAUUUGGACCUUCGAGACUCGCCAAUUAUGGAACCAAGAUUGGCGUUUGAUCUUACCAAUGCAGGUAUACAACAAAUUAAUCUGCACGGGAGAUUGAAACAUUUGUCGUUGGUGAGAAGUCAAGAGAUUUUCCCAGCUUACUUCAAGCGAGUUAAUGAUCUUGGUAUUCUUCUUAUGGCUGAUAGAUGCUCUGACAUGGAAAGUAUUUGUCUUGGUGGUUUUUGUCAGGUUACAGACACAGGUUUUAGAACAAUUUUGCAUUCAUGUUCAAAAAUUUUCAAGCUGAGGAUCUAUCAUGGACCCCACUUGACUGAUCUUGUAUUUCAUGACAUUGCUGCAACUUCACUUACUUUGACACAUGUCAGUUUAAGAUGGUGUAAUCUUUUGACGAACCAUGGCGUUGCACGACUGGUUUCCAAUGGAAAUCUUAGUGUGCUUGACUUGAGGGACUGUAGGAAUAUUGGAGAUGAUGCCCUUCGAACCAUAAGCAACCUUUCUGAAUUGAAGGCUUUACUGAUUGAUGGUUCUGAUAUUAGUGAUAUGGGAUUGUCCCAUUUAUCAAAAGGAGCAAUGCGUUCGCUGGUAUCAUUGUCCAUACGAGGGUGCAAGAGACUAACUGACAAUUGUAUUUCCUUUCUCUUUGAUGAAUCUUCUAAUUGUGAAUUGAGAGAAUUGGACUUGUCAAACAUUCCAAACCUAUCUGAUGCUGGUAUACUUUUGCUUGCAAAAAGACGUAUUCCACUACUGGAGCUUAGAAUGCGUCAAUGUCCGUUGAUAAGUGAUACUUCAAUUAUGGUGUUAGCAUCAAUGAAGGUUGAUGAAGAAGGAUGGUACGGAAGCAGUUUACGGCUGUUGGAUCUCUAUAAUUGUGGAGGUAUAACUCAGCUUUCAUUCCAAUGGUUAAAGAAACCUUAUUUCCCGAGAUUGAGAUGGUUAGGAGUAUCUAGUAGUGUCAGCAGGGAUGUGCUGGACGCUUUAUCCAGGAAUAGACCAUUUCUGCAUAUAGUUUUUCAUGGGGAGGAGCUGGGGAUGACUGGCCAAUGGGAUAAUUCAGAUGAUCUCUAUAUGCAUGACUAUGAUGAAGUUGAUGAGUUGGAACAAUGGCUUGAAGGAGAAAAUGAGGGAGAUGAAGACAUUCAAGAAGCAGAAAACAACGCAGAUCCCAUGCUGUAAGAUGGCAACUGUUUUAUAUAAAUGUGUUAUAAAUCUAGUUUUGUAUAAAUUGUUAUGAUUUACGUCCCUACUUAGCUCUACUGUUAUAAUAUUGUAUGACAAAUCUUGAUUCCUGAGUGUUGUAUAGAUUGUCAUAAUUUGCCUGUUAUGUAUGUGGCUUGGCCUACCCUUGUAACAAUCAGUUUUCCGAGUAAAUGUUAGUGUUGUUGUAUAUCAGUUUGACUGAUUAGUUCAA